UCAUCAGUUUCAAGGCAUGGCCCUCACACCAGGGCUAUGAACUGACUAGUGCCCUCUCAGUAAGCCACAGAUACUUCAUUUGCAUAGUCUGUAGUUACUUCAUUUAUAUAGUAUGUUGACCAAACCUGGUAAGGUGUAUACUAAUCACAGGGCAGGCUGCAGCCCAGGACCAGACAAAAAGUAUCAAACCACAAGCUGUUUAAAGUUUACCCAGGAAAUGGCAAUCAACCUGGAUAAAAGUAAUAGACCCUCUGGGGUAGGAUACUAGGGCAAAGGUAACUCCUCAGUGUGAAGGGGAAUAUCUCAAGCUGUUUUUUCAAAGAGCCAAGGCAAAAGUCCACAUAAAGGGACUCCUUUCACCACAACACUUAACUGUUUGCACCACUAGGGCUCCUUUUAAAGCUACUGCAGAACUUAUUUGACUCUUCAGCAGUUGCCCUUUACUACUAUUCUUGAGCGACAAACAGAAAGCAUAAAGUGUUCUGCAAAAAGAAAAUAAGUGGGUAGUCGCUGACAUAAUGCAUCAUCGUUACAGUUAAAUGGAAUUUUCAACCCCACACAUAGUUAUAAAGAGCCUGUAGUCUAAGACCUGGUACUGAGUAGGUACCUCAAUAAAUGAUAGUUCUCUUUUUUUCUCCUCCACGUGUAGCUAAUGCUGUGCUAAGGAUUUAGAAAAUCAAGCUUAUCUGACACAAUUUAAUGUUCUAAAAAUUUAUUAAUGUUCCCACAGAUGAAAAGAAUUGAAGAAUUGAUAACUAAAAAUCAUAAUCAAGAAGAAAUAACUAGUCUUCGUUGUCAGAAAUGUAGAAAAUGUAUAGCAAGUUCUGAUUGUUUCAUGAAAUACCUUGAGAAUCAAGUCAGUAAGGAUAGACACGAUCCAGCUGAUGUUCACAAUAUUUGUCAUGUGUGGCACAUGAAUAUAGAAGCCCUUCCAGAAUGGAUAAACUGCCUAAUACAAAAAGCCGAGUGGACAGUUGGAAAACUGAAUUGCCCUUUCUGUGGGGCCCAUUUAGGGGGCUUUAAUUUUGUCAGCACUCCAAAAUGUUCCUGUGGCCAGCUUGCAGCUGUACAUCUCUCCAAGAGCCGGACUGAUUAUCAGCUCGCACGGGCAGGCAGACUAAUGAGACCAUUGCCGAAAUUCUUGUCACAUCCUAGAGUUCAGUCGGGUCGUGACAAGGAUACUCUGCUGACAGGUGGUGCCUCCAAAAAAAGCAACCACAGGCUUUUAAACAUGGCCCAAAAUAAUUAUGGCCCUGGAAGAUUAACAGAAGCACUCUGCCUGGAGGUGCGAUCAACAUAUUUUGAGGUGAAGAACGAAAAACUGCGCUUCAAAGCAUCAGAUCCAAAAUACCAGCUUUUUGUUCCCCAGCUUGUGACUGGCAGAUGCACUGCAAGAGCUUUUCAUAGAAAAUCACAUAGUUUGGAUCUGCACAUCAGUGAGAACCUGACUUUAUUACCUACUUUGUAUGAAAUACGUAGUAAGACUACUGCCUAUUCUAGGCUAAAUGAAACACAGCCUGUUGACCUUUCUGGCUUGCCUUUAGAAAGUAGUAAAAAUAGUUGUUCCUUUCAGAAUCCAUCCAGUUUUGAUCCUAAUAUGCUGCUGCAAAGAUUUUCAGUGGCUCCCCGUGAGACCCAGACACAAAGAGGAGGAGAAUUUCAAUGUAGUCUAGAAGCUUCUGCAGUGUACUCUGAACAUGCUAAUGCUAACAACCUGACUUUCCUGAUGGACCUACCCUCGGCUGGCAGGAGCACGCUGGAGGCCUCGGACCAGGAAGAGCACCUCUCCCCUCUGGACUUCCUGUGUUCAGCCAGUUUUUCGUUGGGCGCCAUUAACCAGAGGCUCAGUAAGAGAGAAAGGAGCAAGUUGAAGAAUCUGAGAAGGAAACAACGACGGCAUGAAAGAUGGCUACAGAAACAGGGUGAAUACCCAGGAGUAGGAUUGCUGGAUCGUAUGACUUUAAAUAAUGAGAUGAGUACAGAUGAUGAAAAUGAAUAUACAGAAGAAAAGGAGAGCUACAUCUGUGCAGUGUGUCUGGAUGUUUAUUUCAACCCUUAUAUGUGUUACCCUUGCCACCACAUCUUCUGCGAGCCCUGCUUACGGACUCUGGCCAAAGACAAUCCUGCAAGCACUCCCUGCCCUUUGUGCCGGACAAUUAUUUCUAGAGUCUUUUUCCAGACAGAACUGAACGAUGCCACAAAAACAUUCUUUGCUAAAGAAUAUUUGAAAAUAAAACAAAGCUUUCAGAAAUCCAGCACUGCAAAGUGGCCACUACCAAGCUGCAGAAAAGCAUUCCAUCUUUUUGGAGGUUUCCACAGACAUGCAGCUCCAGUUACGAGAAGGCAGUUUCCACAUGGUGCACAUAGGAUGGAUUAUCUGCACUUUGAGGAUGAUAGCCGUGGAUGGUGGUUUGACAUGGAUAUGGUGAUCAUCUAUAUUUACUCAGUGAACUGGAUCAUUGGAUUCAUUGUUUUCUGCUUUCUUUGCUAUUUUUUCUUUCCGUUUUAGGAAUUUUCAUAAUACAGUUGAACAAUCAUGUAAACCCUAGAUGAUGUAAAUAACAAUUACUUAAACAUUUUUUAAAUGUGUUUUGAAGUUUUUAUAAUAUUUCCUUGUAUAAAUUGUUGGUGUUUAUAGAAAGCCUGGGAAUAAUUGAAUUAUUUAUUGAUGUUUUUCAUGUAACAAACUAAACUUUAUUCAAGAGCUAAUCUAUCUAGCACUUAGCAGCAAUGCACUAUUAAUUUCAUAAAUUCUUGGUUUAGGAUUUGGGCUCCAGUUUUACAAUGUUACUUUAAUACUUUAUUGUAAAGAUUGAGGCUUUUUCUCCAUUUAAAAAAGAGUGAAAAAUACAAAAUGAAAUGACAAUCUGGGUAGAUAGAAUCUUUAUUGAUAAAAUAUUUCAUCAAUCACCACCUAUUCUCAGGCAGAGUAUAUGUGUUAAAGAUAAACCAUAUUCUCUGGGAACUAAUCUAGCAGGGUAUAUUUGGCUUGUUUCCAAUUAUCUCUACUUGUGUUCCCUUCUAUCACUAAGAAAGCGGACUGUGUGUUUUGUACAAACCUAAUGACAACUUUUUUUAUUAUUAAAAGCAAGAGAAUAGUAAAUACAAAAAAAAAAAGAAAUCAGUGAAGCUAACCCCCACCGAUAGAUACUUUAGGGAGCUAUAUUAACACUUGCAUAAUUUCAAGAUUAAUCACCCAAACAAGUAUUUUACUGACUUUCAGUAAUCUCAAGGAGCAAUGCAUGUCCAAAAUAUAAUUAAUUUAAUAAUUUGUUUAACUAGGAAAUUGUCAAAUAUAUUGUAAAUGUGCAAUAAAGAGUGGCUUUUAAAAUCUGUUUAGUUUAUUAAGUGAUUUAAUGUCUGAAAUAAAGAUUUGUUGGAACUAUGCUUACAGAUGAAUAA